AUGGCCUUCCUGCUACACCUGCUGGUCUGCGUCUUUGGGAUGGGUUCCUGGGUGGCCAUCAACGGUCUCUGGGUAGAGCUGCCCCUGCUGGUGGCGGAGCUGCCCGAGGGCUGGUACCUGCCCUCCUACCUCACUGUGGUCAUCCAGCUGGCCAACAUUGGCCCCCUCCUGGUCACCCUGCUGCAUCGCUUCCGGCCUGGCUGCCUUUCCGAGGUACCUGUGAUCUUUUUUAUCCUGGCCGUGGGCACCAUCGCCUGCGUUCUCUUCGCCUUCCUCUGGAAUGUGACCUCUUGGGUAAUGGGCAGCCAGCACAGCAUUGCCUUCAUCAUCCUUACCUUCUUCCUGGCCCUGGUGGACUGCACCUCUUCUGUCACCUUCCUGCCCUUCAUGAGCCGGCUACCCACCUACUACCUCACCACCUUUUUUGUGGGCGAAGGAUUCAGCGGCCUCCUGCCCGCGCUGGUGGCUCUCAUCCAGGGCUCAGGUAUCACCACCUGCGUCAAUGUCACAGACAUUCCAGACAUCACCUCAAGUCCUGCGACCACCAGGGAGACCCUCAGCACCCAGGGAGCUGACAGCGCUUCUCUGUCAUCCCUUCCCGGCAUGAGCCACCUGGAGAGCCGCUACCUGCCCGCUCGCUUCUCGCCUAUGGUCUUCUUCCUGCUGCUGUCCUUCAUGAUGGCCUGCUGUCUUGUGGCUUUCUUUCUCCUCCAGCGGCAGCCCAGCGGCCGGCACGGCUCCAUAGAGGACCUCCUCCAGUCCCAGGUCACCCUCCACUCCAUCCGGCCACGAGAGGAGAAGGAUGUGGGUGUCCUGGGGUCCGGAGACAGCAGCAAAGUCGGGGGGCCUCCAGAGGAGAAGGCAGCGCCACUCCGCCCCACGCAGCUGGCCUUCAUCUACACUGUGAUUGCCUUUGUCAACGCGCUGACCAACGGGGUGCUGCCAUCCGUGCAGACCUACUCCUGCCUGCCCUAUGGGGCUGUUGCCUACCACUUGUCUGCCACCCUCAGCUCUGUGGCCAGCCCUCUUGCCUGCUUUCUCUCCAUUUUCCUGCCUACCAGGUCGCUGCCACUCCUGGGGGGCCUCACAUUGCUCGGCACCAGCUUUGGGGCUUACAAUAUGGCAAUGGCUGUCAUGAGCCCCUGUCCCCUCCUGCAGGGACACUGGGGUGGAGAAGUCCUCAUUGUGAUCUCCUGGUUGCUUUUCACUGCAUGCCUCAGCUACAUCAAGGUGAUGCUGGGCGUGAUCUUGCGCGACCUGAGCCGCAGCGCCCUCGUGUGGUGCGGUGCGGCGGUACAGCUGGGCUCGCUGAUCGGGGCGCUGCUCAUGUUCCCGCUGGUCAACGUGCUGCAUCUCUUCUCCUCCGCGGACUACUGCAGCCUGGACUGCUCUGCCUAG